AUGCCUCCCGUCAUUUUGGUCACUGGUGCUAACAGGGGUAUCGGGUUCUGCAUAGCUCAGGCCUCGGAUGCUGUACGGAAGUUGAAGGCCUUGGCUAUCCAGGGCACUUUUGAGCCAAUGAGCCUGGAUGUGACGAGCGAUCAAAGCAUGCACGGCUUGAUCGCGCUAAUCAAAGAAAGACAUGGAAAGUUGGAUGUUCUGAUCAACAAUGCAGGCAUUGCCGCUGUCCCAAGUUCGGACCUCUCAGACUAUAGUCAGGCGUUUAACUCAGUCUUGGACACGAAUGUCACCUCUGUUGGGCUCCUGACCUCGCUUUUGACGCCCUUGCUUCGCCAGUCGGAAAGUGCAAAGGUCAUCAACAUCUCUUCCGGACGUGCAUCUGUCGAGCGACUCACGUCAGGUGAUCUUCCCCCAACGGUCAGUGUACCAUACAGCGUGUCAAAAGUUGCUCUAAAUAUCAUGACUCUUGAGAUGGCCAAGACUGAGAGUAAUAUCACCUUCUACCUGGCAAAUCCUGGUCACUGCAGCACUGCCUUCAAUGGUUACAAAGGAAAGAAAGAUCCGCUCCUGGGAGCAGAGGUAGCCGCAAAUCUCGCCUUCGGAGACUACAAAAGCGGUUUCUGGCACAACGAUGAGGGUUCAAUGCAGAUGAUGCCCUGGUAG